GCCAAUGGUGAAGGUUUGCCAGAGGUCGUCACACCGGCCGGAGACGGGUGUGGUUUUGACCCCAUGAUGAGGGUUUUAUUCGCCGGAAACGACGGUGAGCGAGGAUAAAAGGAUGUCGAGCCCGGUGAAUGGCGAGAUCAACAGCAGCAAAGACGGCAGCUUGCGAUUGUCCGCUCGAUUCUUUCCGCUGGUUGGACUGGACACUGAAGGAGGAUUUGCGAUUUGGGGAUAGUUCCGUUCCGGCGUAGACAAACUCCUUUGUUGCUACGACAAAGGCCUGAUACCAGCAGCAUUAUAUUACGGCUCGGUUCUCAUGAUGAAGCUGUUUCAAUUCCUGAUAGCCCUAACUGGGCUUGCCCUGGUGAGCUGUGCUCCCAGGGGCCAGAAUGAUACCGUUACGAACUCCACGAUCGAGUCCACUGAUCGUCUGGUGUUUUGUCAUUUCAUGAUCGGCAUCACCAGCAACCGUCAGAGCGCGGCCGACUACGACGACGACAUGAGACGGGCCAAGGCCCUCGGCAUUGAUGCUUUUGCCCUCAACAUCGGCGUGGAUCCGUAUACUGAUACCCAGCUCAACUUUGCCUACGAGUCCGCUGCCCGGAAUGACAUGAAAGUGUUCAUUUCGUUCGACUUUAACUGGUACAAUACCGGACAGGCCUAUACUGUGGGUCAGAAGAUCCGACAGUAUGGAAGUCUGCCCGCCCAGCUCAAGGUCGACGGCAAGGUGUUUGCGUCGUCUUUUGCCGGUGAUGGUCUGGACAUCAACCAGAUGCAGUCGGCGGCGGGUACGGAGGUGUACUUUGCCCCCAACUUCCACCCGGGACAAGGCAACUUUAAUCAGAUCCAGGGCGCGCUGAACUGGAUGGCCUGGGAUAAUAAUGGCGACAACAAGGCUCCUAGUGGGGGACGCAACGUGACGGUUGCUGAGGGUGACAAAUCCUAUGUCAAUGCUCUGGGUGGAAAGGCUUACGUUGCUCCUGCAUCCGGAUGGUUCUUCACCCACUUUGGUGGCGAGGUAUCGUACAGUAAGAACUGGGUGUUCCCCUCGGAUCUACUGUGGUACAACCGCUGGUUCGAGAUUCUGAAUCUGGGUCCUCGAUUCGUGGAGAUUGUCACCUGGAAUGAUUACGGCGAGUCGCAUUACAUUGGGCCUCUGUCAUCUCCGCACACUGACGACGGUGCCUCCAAAUGGGUCAUGGACAUGCCUCACGACGGCUGGCUCCAAAUGUCGAAACCAUUCAUCGCCGCAUACAAAAACAACGACAAGUCCGUCGACAAAUACAUCACCGAAGAAAAACUCAUCUACUGGUACCGCCCAACCCCGAAGAACAUCAACUGCGACAGCACCGACUCCACGAUGGACGGCAACCCCAACAACUCCAGCGGGAACUUCUUCCGCGGCCGUCCGAACGGAUGGGAAACCAUGGAAGACUCGGUCUUCGUGGUCUCAUUGCUGAAAUCCCCCGGCUCCAUCCAGGUAGCAUCCGGCUCGAACAGUCAAAAGUUCGACGCGCCGGCGGGGGCGAGUUCCUUCACGGUACCUAUGGGCGUGGGACAGCAGAAGUUUGCGCUCGUGCGGGAUGGCAAGACGGUGCUCAGCGACACUAGCUUGAAGAAUAUUGUCAAUACGUGCAUCUGCGGAUUGUAUAACUUUAAUGCGUAUGUGGGGACGGUGCCCCCACCGUCGACGGUGGAUAAGCUGGGGCCGGCUGGGUUGGCGGCGUUGCAGCAGGGUUUGCGCGUGGCUUGUCCGACGAAUACGUUGGGGAUGAAUGUCGCUGUGGAGAGUGCGACUCCGGCUCCGAGUGCUAGUGCUAGUCCUAGUUCUUUUGCUGCAUGAGCUAUCG